UUAACAUGAAAAUGGUGAUCAUAUUUUAUUUGUUGCUGAUGCUCAGAGUGGGACGAUGCACAGACGAUCACGUCUUUGAAACGACAACUGUUGAAGUUGGAGAUGAUGUGACUUUGAAUUGUACUCGCCAGACAUCUGAGUCCUAUGAUCCUCUCUUUUGGAUCAGGCUUGUUUCUGGAAAAACAGCUGAAUUCUUGGGAGGAACAUACACCUUUGAUUAUGAAGGUGUUAACAAGACUCCUCACAUUACAGCAAAACAAGAGCCUGGAUCAUUUAUUCUGCAUAUUCAUGACACAAAGCUAAGUGAUACUGGACUUUACUACUGUUUAAAAGUAAAACAGCUGGACAUGACAUUUUCCAAAUCAACACUUCUGAGAGUUAAAGGACCAGAACCUGAUAUCACUGCCGUCACUCAAGACUUUCCAUCUGAUCCAGUCCGUCCAGGAGACUCAGUGACUCUGCAGUGUUCAGUCCUCUCUGACUCUGAGAAAAAGUCAUGUCCAAGAGAUCACAGUGUGUUCUGGUUCAGAGCCGCAUCAGAUGAAUUUCAUCCGAGUGCCAUUUACGCUCAUGGACACAGUGAUGGAUGUGAGAAGAGUCCUGAAGCUCACUCUCCACAGAAAUGUGUCUACAGCUUCUCUAAGGACGUCAGCUCCUCUGAUGCCGGGACUUAUUACUGUGCUGUGGCCACAUGUGGAGAGAUAUUAUUUGGAAAUGGAACAAAACUGGACAUUGAAGGAGCCAGUACGUGCUCACAGGAUGCAGAUGCAGUUAUUUUUCUUCUGUUGGCUAUAAGUCUGAUUGUUGUAGCCGUCCUCAUCUACGCCAUGAAGAAGAAAGAGAAUGAUUGUUACAAUGCUGCUGUUGCCGUGCAGAGAAACAGUGGUGGUCGGAAAAGUCAACAGAGAGAUGAGGACACACAGGUUUAUUCUGCUGUUGUCUUCACCGUGAUGAAAACUGGCAGUGGUGCAAUAAAGGAUUCAAGAGCAGCAGAGAGACAGAGGAUCUACGCUGCUGUCAAGGCUUUUGGGUUGGAUUAGUGAGGUCACAGGUCUGUUUGCCAUCAGCUGGUACUGUGUGAUGAAGUUGAUGUUAAUCUGGAGCUAAAGGGUUGUUUCACAGUUUUUGGCUAUUAGGUAGUUCUGCUCUACAAUGUUUUAAUGUUAUGAUUAAGUUUCGUCCAUAUAUUCAAAAGUAAUGAGAUUGAUUGUGUUUUUGGUGUUUUUUAUGCAAAUGUGCACACUCCAGAAUCCAGUUCAGGGGUGAACCCAGUACAAGUCUGGGUUGGGGCGUUGGAUUUCUCUUUCCCUCAUUUCCUGUUAUGUAAAUAUUGUCUGUGAUAAAUGCAUAAGAAUACCCCAAGAGUACUAUUAAAAAUUGAUAAAAAGGGCUAAGUAAUCACGUUUUUCAGGUAGAAAUCUAUCAGCUGUUAUUCUUAAUUCUGAAACCUGGUUUCUGUCAACGUUGCUGAAAUCUGUUUUUUACCAUUAGUCAUGAUUAACUGUUUAGUUUCCUUUGCACCCUAAAACUAACCAUUAUGUUUGAUGUGUUAAAGGCACAGUCUGUGUCUCAGAUGAGCCUCAGUCAUGUUUUACAGCAGUGAUGUCUAAGGAGCAGGACUGUGUUCAUAUUUGUUUGACAUGUAUGGAGGUAUAUUAUAUUUGUUCUUUUGCUCUUAUUAUGUUGUUGCUCUUGUUUUUAUUGUGUUUGUAGUGUCUUGUACUUACAUACCUACAUACCUACCAUACUUAAAGUACCAAAAGUAAAAGUACUCAUUUUACAGAAUGAUCCAUUUCAGAACCAGAUGUGGUUGUAACAGGCAACACUUCUAACAUGGGUGUUGCCAUUCAG